AUGUUGGGAGAAGGGCGGGGAAUGGUUAUGUGCAGUGCAGUGCAGUGCAGUGCAUCACCAGCAAUAAGUGAUGGAGGGGAGGGGUCUGCAGCACUCGCUCGCAUGACUGAAAGCUCCCGCAAGUUAACCUCCCCAGCCCAACCCGCCCCACGAGCACUGCCCGCCCCUCGGUGGUUGCUUGCCACUCAGUUGUUGGUUGCACCCAUCAGCUGCAAUCCGACGAAUUCACUGCUUUGCUUGGGUCGUCGUCGUCGUCAUCGUUUUUCCCCGAUAACCUACAGCUACCUAUACCUCCGUGCCAGCUACGAAUGUAUGCGAGCAUGCAUGUGCGUGCAUUCCCCGUACAAAAAGUGCACAGAAAUACAUGUGUCCUGUACUGUACAGACAGCAGCAUGCACUUAA